UGACCCUGGCGUCAACAAAAACUAGGUUCAACUUUCUUCCGAAGUUCACUUCCAACUGUCAGUGUUGAGAUGACGCUAUCGAAAGUUGUCUGAGAAAAACGUGGAAGGUUUACCUUGUGAAUUCAGCGAGCUUUUUUUAUCAGCAGGUAGUUGUCCGACCUGACAGUUCAGAUACUUGAAAAUACUUUACAGAAUUGGCGUUUUUAGAUUCGAAAGCCAUGUCCAAUGGGUCGUUGGAAAGGAAGCAGGCCCUCAGUGUCCAACCUGGGGAGCUGAGACUCAUCCUCCAAGCUUUGCGCAGUGAUAUUUUAAAAGACGUCGAUACUAAGCUUUUGAAAGGCAUCGACAGAUUAGUCAUGGAAUUGGAACUCAAAUACAGGAAACCUCAGAAUGGUGUGUCCGAGAAACCGUCGCCAUCCAAAAAAACUGAAAAUCCAAAGGAGCUACCACCCAAAGAAUUUGUUCUAAGAAAUUCAACUUUAACAAAUCUUUGGGAAAAUGCUCACUUGCGAUCUGUAUAUAACAUCUGCUUAUCCCUUUUCGUACUCCUGUAUCUCAACAUCACCAUCUUCUAUUUUUUAAAUGUGCAAAAACUGAAAAAGGAUUUAUCUGUGGUGUUUUGGACAUUUGGUCAAUUUCACAUAGUCACUGCCGUUUGGUUUGCUAUCAACUUAUCAAUUGUUUUCUUGCUAUACCCCGCCCUCCGGUUUUGGGCUAAUACAAGAUUAUUUGUGAAGAAAAAGGGUCUUUAUGAUUCUCUGUUUUGUGCCUUAUUCAUUUUAUAUGAAACGGCAUUUCUAGUGAUACCAGCGCGGAUUAUCAUUGUCUAUAAUCUACCUCCUGUGUCAUCAUUCAUUAUCUUAGCUGAACAGUCAAGACUUUUUAUGAAGACUUAUGCAUUUGUUCGAGAAAAUAUAACCCGAGCUUUACAAUAUAAACCUCACCAAGAUGGCGAUAAAGAAGAUACAGAUUCUACUCCUUGUCCAGAAGUAGAAAAACUGAUAUAUUUUCUUUUUGUUCCUACUUUGGUUUACAGGGAUAAUUAUCCUAGGACAUCACAUAUUCGAUGGAGCUACGUUGCUUGGAACUUUCUUCAAGUAUUUUGCUGCAUCAUUGGUGCUUAUAUCCCCUGCACUUAUUUUAUUGUAGAUACUUUCAACAAGACAGGCAUCGAACCGAUUCCCCUGGUUAACUUCAUGGGCACAUUGGCCAUGUCAAUCUUUGCUGGUGGUAUUCUUAUGUUCCUAGUGUUUUAUGGUAUGUUCCACUGUUGGCUGAAUGCUUUUGCAGAGAUGCUGAGAUUUGGUGACAGAAUGUUCUAUGAUGAUUGGUGGAACUGCACUUCAUAUGCCAAAUAUUAUCGAUCUUGGAAUAUGGUUGUGUAUGAUUGGCUUUACUCCUACAUUUAUCGGGACAUGUAUGUUGUUCUUGGAAGAAGCCGAACUGGUGCUAUGUUGACAGUGUUUUUGAUAUCUGCAAUUAUUCAUGAAUAUAUUUUAGCCAUCUGCUUCAAAUUUGUGUUCCCACUUCUUUUCAUGCUCUUUUCAACACUUGGAGUUCUACUUGUUUUUGUAACUCGAAGGCAAACUUCAAGUUUCUGGAAUGUUUUCCUGUGGGGCUCUAUGUUUCAAGGUUGGGGACUUCUGACAGUCUUCUACAGUUUAGAAUGGUAUGCCAGGAUCAACUGCCCGAGGAUUUUAGAUUCUUGGUUGGACUAUGUUGUUCCACGAUCUUUCCAUUGCAAUGUGAUAUCUUUACCCUCCUAAUAUAGAAUUCUACUGAUGAAAGCUGUUUCAAAGUGACUACCAAGAGUAUUUAAAAACUGUUUCUGAAUGUAUCAAAGAUUCCAGAAUAUAUUUCCCAUGAAGCUUAUUUUUUGAUAAAUGUUUGACUAGAGUUUGGAAAUAUAGUUUUUUUGAUCUUGUAUAUAAGAGAUACUUUGUACUGAAGUAUUUUUGCUGUUUAAUGAUAUUUUGUAAUUGUAGAAUACUUCUUUAUGACUUCUUAUUUACUUAUGUGAAGAACAUAUCACUAUAUUCAAAUAUUUUUUUAUCAUGUUUUAAAAGUUUAAUUAGCUUGAUCUUAAAAUUUGUUGUGAUAAAUGAAUUAAUUAUUUGAUAUUUUAAAGUAUUUUGUCUGUGUAAAGUGUUUGCAAUUCCUAAAAUGUUAUACAAUGAUUUGAAGAAAUAAUGCAAUUUUCGAUCAUUUUUAUUACUACUUUUUGAAGAAUUAAUUUUUUAGAAUAAUUUUUAAAAAUGUUUAUUUCUUUGCAAAAAUUCUGGAGAUUUUGAUUUUCUCCUGUCACAUCUUGAAUAAUUUUCUCCUAAUAAAUAUUCAUAGAUUAUUUUUUUUUCCUCAAAAUUGUAUUAUAUAUUUUUUUAAUAUUUCAUAAAAACCCACCUUUUCUUUCAUUUUAUGUAUGUGAAUAUGUUUGUUCAUUGGAAAAUUUAUUUAUUUCUACUUGAUGUCUCAGCAUAUAUCCUACAAAAUGUUGUGCUGCAUUAUCGUGAUUGGUGUUUGUCUUACAAGUUUAAUUGUGUAUCUGUGAAAUAAAAUUUUACUUUAAAA